CGGAAGUGACUCUAAGAACAAACAUACUGUAUAGUGUACUAGAAAGUGAGUAAGAAAGCACUGUUUUAUACACUAAGUAGUGCGCAUAGACAGGGUUUAGGUAUAGUUUUUGGUAUUUUAGGAUUUAGUAAUCGGAAGGCGAGUAAGGAAACAUGUCCCACGCCGGCUCAAAGAAAAGAAAACUAGACAAACCCGCUGAGGAUAAGCUGUAUUUUGAGAGCUACGCGGAUGUGAGUAUCCAUGAGGAGAUGAUCGCGGACACUGUGCGCACUGACACGUACAGGAAAGCCAUAUUUAAUAAUAAAAGUGAGAUGGAGGGGAAAGUUGUGCUGGAUGUGGGUGCAGGCACCGGGGUGCUGAGUGUGUUCUGUGCUCAGGCCGGAGCCAGGAAGGUGUACGCCGUGGAGGCCAGCUCCAUAGCAGAGCAGGCUGAGAACAUCAUCAAGCAGAAUAAAGUGGAGGACAGAGUGGAGGUCAUUAAGGGUGCUCUGGAGGCUGUAGAUCUUCCUGAGCAGGUAGAUGUGAUAGUGAGUGAGUGGAUGGGUUAUGCUCUGCUCCAUGAGUCCAUGCUGAACUCGGUGAUCUCAGCUCGGGAUCGGUGGCUCAAACCUGGAGGUCUGAUGCUCCCCGAUAAAGCCGAGCUCUUCAUCGCACCCAUUAAUGACCUCGUGGUGGAGGAGCGUCUCAGCUUCUGGAGCACGGUGAAGAGCCAGUACGGCGUGGACAUGUCCUGCAUGACGGACUUCGCCCGCAGGUGCAUCACUGCGAGCCCAGAAAUCACCAUAAAGCCCGUCACCGUAGAAGACGUCUUGUCUCACCCGGUCAAAUUCGCCGAGCUCGGCCUCAACACCGUCAACCUGGAGCACCUGAGCUCCGUCAAGGGACGUUUCCGCUGCCACUGCUUCGGCUCGGCCGCCUUCAACGCCUUCUGCGUGUUUUUCGCCGUGACCUUUCCCGGGUCGAGACACCCUCUCGUCCUGUCCACGUCCCCAUUCAAACCCGAGACGCACUGGAAACAGGCCGUGCUUUACCUGGACCAGGCCGUGGAGGUCAUGCAAGACACGCUGGUGGAAGGAGAAGUGCACAUGUACCCGUCCGAGGAAGGGUCUAGACAUAUAUGCAUCCAUGUGGACUAUACGGUGGGGGAGGAGAAAAAGAAAUCGAAAACAUUCGCCAUUUCAGACGGAUCGUCCUAUGCAGAGACUCAGUAGAACCCGGGAACGUUCGUGGUGAAGGUUCUGAGCUGGUGGUCAGAGGGUUAUGAGUUCAAGGUUCAAAUCCCAGACCAUGGAGCCUCGAGAUUGAAUUUUUGAGCAACUCCCUUACAUCAGUUUCUCAGCUCAAAGAUUAGGUUUAACAAAUUUCCGAAGUGUGAACAUGUCGAAUGCCACGAAUGUUAAUGAACAAACCCAGAUUAAAAAGGAAAAUCAGUUAUUACAGCAUUUUGCGCUUGUUUCUUGAAAAUUGCUCGUCUGACUUUUCGACACGGGUUUUUUUAACGUGAUGAGUGGGUUAUGUGAUGAUUUCAGAGUUCUCACACUCAGGAAACAGGCAAUCCUUUUUCUCCUAAACUUUAUUUAAAAAAAAAAAUGUAUUGGAAAAGCUGAGUAAUUAUUUCGGUGUUUCCACACUCCUGGAAAAAGUACAGGACGAUUUUAAUGAA